AUGAUCUGGAGGGGAGUCGUGGCGCUCUGCCUUCUGCUCCGAUUCGGGGCCGAAACGCGCACUCGCCCGCGGAGGGGCGCCGCUCCCUCCGCGGGCACCUCCGAGGCUUCCGGCGGUCCUGCUUUCGAGUCGUGCCAGGUCAGCCUGACACCAGCCGAGCAUCGGCUUCUGGACGACAACACACACGAGACAGGCUUUAAUGGUGACGACGGCUCUUAUGUGAUUCUCACGUGGGUGGGCGAUGGUACCGGGGUCAUCCUGGUGUUGUCCACAAUCAGCGCUCCCAUAGACACAUUCCUUGAGGGAGGCUCCUCACGCCUUUAUAGAAGUACCGAUUACGGCAAGUCCUUUCACGACAUCUCGCAGAGCAUCAACCGCACUUUUAUCAAAGAGGAGUUUGGCGUCAGCGUGGGACCAGGAAGUUCUGUGAUAUUGACCGCCGACACACCCGUGGUGGACCAUCCGGGCGGCAUCAUUUUCACUUCCACGGACGCCGGUGCCACCUUUCGCUUCGUCCAGCUCCCCUUCCACCUGGCUCAACCCAUCACCUACCACUUCCUCAACCCCGACUUGCUGGUGGCGCUUAGCAUCGACGGCGCGCUGUGGCUCUCGCUGGACUUUGGCGCCGCGUGGACAAAAGUGCAUGAUGGAGUGCAUUCUUUCUCAUGGGGGGCUGGCGUUAAUUUGUUCUUCAGUUGCAGCAAAGCAGAUACAAUGGAUGCAGAAGAGAGGGGCGAUCUGCAGCUGAAGAGGACCAAAGACCUUGGCAAGACCUUCGCCGUCAUCCACGAAGAUGUCUACAGUUUUGGCUACAUCGGAGCCUUUCUCUUCUUCUCAGUCAUGGAAGAUACGCGAUCACCAAGGGUCAUGUAUUUUUCAUCCGACCAAGGAGACACCUUCAGUCGAGCCUUACUUCCGUCAGCCUCCACCGAACAGUUUUACUCCAUCUUGGACGGCGACGACGACAUGCUCUUUAUGCAUGUGGACAACCCUGGAGACACCUACUUCGGGACAAUGUACACGUCAGAUGACCGCGGCAUCCUGUUUUCCAAGUCCUUGGAGCGCCACUUGUUUGAUGGGCAGCGCAAGAGCGAUUUCCGGAACAUCACGUCGCUCCGCGGCGUGUAUCUCACCAACAAACUGGACAAAGAUGGACGAAUCAGAUCAGUCAUUUCAUUCAAUCGGGGAGGAACGUGGCAUCGGCUUUCCAAACCUCAGAAUGUGGAAUGUGGAGAGGAAGUAAAGAAUUGCAACCUUCAUAUUCAUGGAGAACACAGUCGUAUCAAUCACAUCGUCCCCAUGCUCCUAAUGUCUGAGGCCACUGCGGUUGGUCUGGUCCUCGCACAUGGCACGGUGGGUGAUUGCCUGUCGUCGUGGCAGUAUCCAGAUGUGUUUGUCUCGUCUGACGGGGGUUACAACUGGAGGGGCACGCUGAGGGGUCCCCACCAUUACAGCAUACUGGACUCUGGCGGGCUUGUUGUGGCUGUGGAGGCGCGGCGCAAAGGACAAGUCAAGACGAUCAAGUUCUCGACAGAUGAGGGCCAGUGCUGGAGGUCGUACAACUUCACCGAGCAGCCUUUCUUCUUCGCCGGCCUGGCUUCCGAGCCGGGCACCAAGGCCAUGAGCGUCAGCGUAUGGGGCUUCCGUCCUGAAGACGACAAUCAGCCCAUGUGGGUGGCGGUCACCAUCGACUUUCAGAGCCUCAUCACUAGGGCAUGUAAUGACCUGGAUUAUGAGGAGUGGUUGGCGCACUCAACAGAGGGAGGGACUUCGGAGAGGGAUGGCUGCGUUCUGGGUGUCAAGGAGACAUACCGGAGGAGGAAGAAACAAGCUGUGUGUCGGAAUGGUCGCAGCUACGUCAUGGUAAAGAAGGAAAGUCCCUGCCUGUGCACCAUGGAAGACUUUUUGUGUGAUUAUGGCUAUCAGCGCCACAUGAACACAUCAGUGUGUGUGCGACAGCCCGACACGCACAACAAAACAUUGGAGAUGUGCCUGAAUGGCGAGGAGGACGAGCUCCUGACAGCAGGCUAUCGCAAGGUUCCUAGUAAUCGCUGUGAGGGGGGAUUUUCUCCUCAGCUGGCAGUCCAGACGGUCAUCAGACCUUGCGGUGUCAAACCCAGCCCCGAUUCACCCUCCGCCCACUCCACCGUGCCGGUGACACACUUUGACACACCGCGAGAGAGGCUGGUGCUGAUACUGGUGUGCGCCGGUGCAGGCAUCAUCGUCCUCGCCGCCGUUGUCUCUGCGCUGGUCGCUGUCAAGAGAGGGGUUUAUCAGUACAGGGCACCAAAUUAUCGCUUCUCCAAUCUCCAGAUUCAAGAUGAUCGCAAUGGAGCCAUAGGGGAUUUCCAAAGUGCCAACAGCAGCAACGGAACGACCUGUCCGCUUGACUCAGAUAAUCAAAAUCUUCUGCAGUGAAACCCCUUUUGAACUGACACUAAAGUGGAUCAGAAGAGCCAUGACAAAAUAACAUUUAUUUAUUGACGUUCAUUUCUUUGAAUUGCUUUGCUCCAGCCUUGAUUUGUAUAUUUUUAUUUGAAUAUUAAAAUACAUACAUGUUGAGGCUA